AUGGGAUGUACUACAUCAAAGCUUGAUGAUGAAGAGGCAGUUCAGCUUUGUAAAGAUCGAAAACGAUUCAUUAAGCAGGCUGUAGAGCAAAGAACAAGAUUUGCCUCAGGACACUUAGCUUAUAUCCAGUCCUUGAAAAGAGUUUCGGCAGCUCUUCGUGAUUAUGUUGAAGGAGAUGAGCCCAGAGAGUUCUUGUUAGAUUCGUUUAUAACACCACCUUUUACGCCUGUAAAGAAAACUAGUCCUGGUUUCAUCUCAAUUUCACCGAAAUCCUUCUCUGCAGCUCCUAUCCAAUCUGGACCUACUUCUACUUUUAAAGUAAAUUAUUUGAGGCCCAACAUUCCUCCACCAUCACCUCAAACUUCUCAGUGGGAUGGCUUUUGGAACCCAUUUUCAUCAUUAGACUACUAUGGUUAUCCCAAUCGCAGUAGCCUUGAUCAGAUGGUUAUGGAUGAUGAUAUCAGAGGACUAAGGCAGGUUCGAGAAGAAGAAGGGAUUCCUGACCUGGAAGACGAAACUGAACAAGAAGAUUCAGAUAACAAAGCAAAUGUAGCAGAAGAACGAGCUAAGGUUGAUGCCAAUAACACAAGAGAAGAAGUCCUUGUUGAGGAUGUUGAUGAGGACGAGGAUGAUGAUGAGGAUGAUGAUGAAACUGAUAGUGAAUGUGAAUGUGAACAUGAAGUGCCAGGGUCACAGCCAGGAUUGCAAUCACAAGGUAGUGUGAAGAUAGAGCUAUCACGAUCUCAAAAUUCCGGACAGGUUGAGGUUCGCAAUCAAGAAAUGCAAGUUGGUAACGGUGAAGCCAAGGCAGAAACACCAGGUUUUACUGUCUAUGUAAACCGAAGGCCAACGAGCAUGGCAGAAGUCAUCAAGGAUCUUGAAGAUCAGUUCACAGUUGUUUGUAAUUCAGCGAAGGAAGUGUCAGACUUGUUAGAGUCUAGCAGAGCUCAGUACUCAUCAGCUUCAAAUGAACUCACAGCCAUGAAAAUGCUGAAUCCAGUAGCACUGAUACGCUCGGCUUCAUCUCGGUCAUCAUCAUCAAGAUUUAUGAUCAAUUCUUCAAGCUCUAAAGAUGAAGAUUGUGAUAGCAGUAGUGACUUCUCAGAGGAAUCUUGCAUGUUGUCAGGUAGUCACCAAUCAACAUUGGACAGAUUAUAUGCCUGGGAAAAGAAACUCUACCAAGAAGUUAGGUGUGGAGAAAAGGUUCGAAUCGCAUACGAGAAGAAGUGUACGCAACUCAGGAACCAAGAUGUCAAAGGAGACGACCCCUCUGUUCUGGAUAAAACAAGAGCAGCCAUUAGGGAUCUGCAUACUCAGAUAAAGGUUUCAAUACAUUCAGUUGAAGCUGUGUCAAAGAGAAUAGAAACUUUAAGGGAUGAAGAACUGCAGCCUCAACUUUUGGAAUUGGUACAAGGGUUAGCGAAGAUGUGGAAAGUAAUGGCAGAAUGCCAUCAGUCACAGAAGUGCACUUUAGACGAAGCCAAGCUAUUACUAGCAGGCACACCUUCAAAACUGGAAGCAAAAAGACACUCUUCCAUGUCAGUUGCCAACCCUCAACGGCUAGCCAGGUCGGCUUCCAACCUCGAGGCAGAACUCAGGAAUUGGCGAGCCUGUUUCGAGGCAUGGAUCACUUCUCAACGAUCCUACAUGCAUGCACUAACCGGCUGGCUCCUCAGGUGUGUUAGGUCAGAUCCUGACACAUCAAAACUUCCGCUCUCACCUCGUCGAACCAGUGGAACCUUUCCAAUGUUUGGACUUUGCAUCCAAUGGUCAAGGUUUCUUGAUGCAAUACAGGAGAUGCCAGUUCUUGAUGGCCUAGACUUUUUUGCAGCUGGGAUGGGGUCUAUCUAUGCACAGCAGCUCAGAGACGAUCCACACAGGGUUCCAAUCGGUUCAAAGAGAUUUGGAGCUGGGUUUUCAGUUGAGUCAGGCAGAAGUAUGGAAUUGGUGGAGGUUGGUGAGGUAGAAGAUGUAAUGACUACAGAGAAAAUGGCUGAAGUUGCCAUAAAGGUUCUUUGUGCAGGAAUGUCAGUUGCAAUGAGCUCACUGACUGAAUUCGCUAUUCGUUCUGCAGAGGGAUAUGCAGAACUUGUUAAGCAAUGGGAGAACGUCAAGUGCUCCGAGAGUUCCAGUGGGGCUGGAACAUAA